AAUCAACGAUUGCUUUACUCAAGUGGCAUUGUUCCCAUUCACUUUAUUGUCUCGGCGGAAAAAGAAUAGGUAGCAUUCGUUUCAAAUUCCAGAGCCCGUCGCACGCAGAAAGAUGGAAGCCGUACAGAGAGAACUGCUUUCUCUAACUUCAGAAAGCGACAUUUCUAUUCAUCCUGAAUCAUCGCUGACAAGCUUCAACACCAAUGAAGAGGAUAACAGUACUUCCACUGAAGAAAUAAAAAACCAAUGUUUAUUUCAACAAUCUAAACAUUCAGAAAAUGAAGAUAUCAGCGACGAUGGCCGCAAAGUUGAGAUCGAAAACACGAAAACAAAAGAUACAACUGAAGGACACUCGAAAGAAGAUAUGUAUUACCAAAUUCCAAAGGAAGUAAAAAUUCUUCCAUCACAGGUAGAUCCUUUGGCAUUUGGAGACGUUUGGGCGGUUGAUCAAUCCACUGAUGAACAAGAUCUGAAUGAAUCUUUUGGGCCAGACUGUUUUCAAAUGAUAACAUACAGAGUACCAAAAUUUCCUAUCAUUUUUUGUGUUGUAAUUAUAAUAUCAACUGUACUUUUCAUUUCAAUAGCUUUGUUCAGGAAGGGGCGUAGUGGUCGUUAAAAGGAUUUUAAUUUCCAUGCUUUUGCUCAUUGUUAGCUAAUUGUUUCAAGGAGCUCGGAAGAGCAAUUGGCUUUGUAAUAAUGUUAUUUAAAUAUCGUCUUUCUGUUAAAAUAAUCUGGAUCUUGUAUAAGACCAAUUUCAGAAAGUAAUUUUUAUGUUUAGGCUAUGUACGUCUGUUCAUUUGUGUAAGUUUUCGUACAUAUUUCUUAAGAACUUGUUCAAAUUCUCUCGAUAAUGUUUAUUAUUUUAUCAUUUUCUGACUACUUUAUGUGUUAAUUCUUUUGUCAAAGCUGUAUUAAAAAAUUGUUAAUAAAAUG